CCCCUGUUUGCGGAUUUUCCGGACGCGAGAGCAAGCCCUAGCGCUGCCCAGCUAGCAAAGAGUAUCUUUUGCAUCGAUUAUACGCGCUGUACGAAAAUUCAUCGCUGCGGCGCAUCGCUACAGGGUGUGCAAGCCACUGGCAGGCUGUGCACUGAUUGAAAGCAUGCUGAAUCGCGCUGCACGGCUUGUCGCGCGCUCACGACGCGCAAGCACGACGGGUGCUACAUCGCAGGAAUGGAAAGCCGCAGGCUUGGGCGCACAAUGGGCGCCUCCAGAGACAACCCUUAACGAGAUCGUGUUCGUGCAAGCGGGGAUGGGCUGCGACCAGCAUGGCACGGCUGGUGCGAGCAAGGCCGCCACGCGUGCAUGCCGCCAGGCCAUCGAGUUUAACGCGUUGCCGUAUAUGGAGACGCUCCUGCGCGACCGCGGAUACGAGCGCGGUCGCGGAGAUAUGUUGCUAAAGGUCGAGAUCGGAGUGCCGGAAGACCUCGUGGACUCCGUGUCCGUCGAAGACAUCCGCGCCAUGUUUCCGUACGGUCGGAUGCUCCCCGUGGAGGUGCGUGCGGGCGGCCUGGACUUCCAGUCCGGUCGCGUCGUGGAAGCGUUAGGCGACGCCGCGGAUCGAGCCGUCGUGGCCGUCGCUGCGGUCACGGUUGGGUUUUAAUUCUGUUGUUCCAG